AGAUCAAGUCUCGCAUAGCACUCACGCGACAGCUUUGGCAACUGCCGUUUCUCUACAUCUAUUCUUCGAAUUUCCAUCGUCCGUUUGGGGCCUGUUUCGAGAAUCUAUUCUUGCGUUUAUCUACUUUUAUUGAUAUACGGAACUGUCCCAGAGUUAUCAGAAUUAUAAUCCAAGGAAAAUAUGGCCAAAGUUCCAAGAAAUUUCCGUCUGUUAGAAGAACUCGAGAGGGGAGAAAAAGGAAUCGGCGAUGGAUCAUGCUCGUACGGAUUGGAGGAUUCCGACGAUCUGAUGAUGACGAAUUGGACGGGGACGAUUAUAGGGCCGGGACAUACCGUACACGAAAAUCGAAUUUACUCCCUCAAGAUUUCCUGCGGCCCACAGUACCCCGAUGCCCCGCCAGUGGUACAGUUCAUUAGCAAAGUAAACCUACCAUUUGUCGAUCAGACGAAUGGCCAAGUCGAUCCCUCUAAACUCCCCGUGCUCCGCGAAUGGAAUAGAGACAAGACUCUUGAAACACUCUUAGUCGAGAUGCGGAGGGAAAUGGCCUCGUUUAACAACAGGAAGCUUCCUCAGCCUCCUGAAGGAUCCACGUUUUAGGCUGCUUUUGUCUCUCGGCGUUGAAUAUAUACGGGAAGUUUUGACUCGAUUUUGAGAAGGCAAGGGUCCUCCUUGAGACCCUUGGCCCAUGGAUGUAUAAUAUAACACAGCAAACGAAUGAGCAGCUCAUCUUCUAUAUGUUUUCCAAUGCUCGGAUCAAGCAGCCCCCUCCGCCAUCACUCAAAGCACUAAGACGAUAGUAAGGAGCUGUCGUGUCGCCGGGCUCAGCGCUCGUUCAACGGCUGCUGAAGUCAGACUACAUCAGUACGACUUGCGUUUGCUGGAUGAUAGAAUGUUCGUAUUGAACAAAAGCAUGGGUUUUCGACUAAAU